UAGAAAUAAAAAAAAAACAGGAGCUUUUCGGAAAGGAGUGGCGGAGAGGAAGAAGGAGAGGAAGAAAAGGAGAGUUGGGGGCUCUUAUCUGGAGGGGGAUUUUUCUCUCUGGAAAUCAAAAAAAAAAAGAAAAGAAAAAGGAGAACAGAGGAAAGAAAAGGGAGAAAAGAAGGAGCAGAGCGGAGGAAAAGAGGAGUGGGGAGAUUGCAGUGGGGAGCGAGGACAGAGGGAGCCUCCAGAAUUUUCCUGAGAGAAGCCGUAAAGGGGAAUGAGUCCAGGGGAUAUCACCACGCAACUCAACCCUCACCAGUCACCAUUCUCCCUUUGUUGUAUCUUCUCUUUGAUUCCUCCCAUUUCCCCGGCUUUCUACUCCAUAGAUCGAAACUACGACUACGGCAAAUUAUAGAAGCAGCUGCUGUAUUGAAAGCCUACCUCUAUGGCUGAAGCUAUUGCCGGCGGUGCUACUGCUAUCCAUGAUCUACUGGACGUGAUUCUGAAGAGCAUAUUGGCGAGCAUGAUCGACACCAGGGCGAGGAACGCCGCGACGCUGGUUGACUGGAAACGGCUGGUGCCGGAGAGGGGCGCGCGGACCUCCCUCACCCUCCGUGGCGACGCCGUUCACAGCAAUCCCAACCACUCCGUCCACCAAACAGCCACUACUGGAGAUGAAGUCCGCCACCCGUCGCCGCCGCUGCCGUCGUUCCAGGACCGCGCCGCUGUUGCCGCCGCGAGAAGGUGGUUCCAGGUAUAGCAGCCACACGCGGGGAGGGAGCUAGGAAAGAAGGCUGAAGAUGCAGCCCAAUGGAUAGGUAGUUGGGCCUCUCACCAUGCUCCACCAAGAUGUCCCAGGCCCACGAGUACUCCUUGAGGUUUCUUCCCUCCCGAGACCCAUUCCUAAAGGCCCAAAUUUGCAUAUCCUUUAUCCUAAACCCCUCUCUAAAGCCCUUUAGUUCCUUUUAUUCAUUCUUUUUUAUUUCAUGCACACGUGCACUAUAUUAUUCACUUAUGUGCUUAUUCAUUCAUCCAAAUUCCAAAUAUUCUCAAUAUCA